GUAUGUCUUAUGUUAAGAAGCAGUAUUCAUCAUUUAAAAUUCAUUAUUUAAACUUUGUUAUUCAUAUACUGAUUUAAUGAUAUAAUGUGGUCAUGUUCAUAUGUUUUUAUAUUCUCAUAUGUCUUAUAGUUGUUUUUUUAUUUCUGUGACGGCGAACAUAGAUUAUUCUGACUGGACUUUCUUCCCUGUGAGAAGAAACUUUUCAUUCGAGUUCCUUAAAUGAAUAGAAAUAAUAAUUUAAAAAAAACUCCACACAAUACACGUCCAAUAAGACACAGUGUGACAUGGCGACAAAUAUCUGCACCAAAUAAAUAUAUAUAUAUGUAUGAAUAAAUAUCGAGGACAAAUAAGUGGCACCAGCGACUUCUGGUAUUUGCUGAAGAAUAGUAUUAAUUCCCACCAGCAGCUGACGCAUGCGUAUAAGCUAUUCAUACUAUUUUAUUAUUUUUUUCUAGUGAAAAUGGCUGCCUUUCAGGUUUAAACCUCAGCGUUUCAGGGAAAAAAUAUCCAUCCCUUAAACCAGAAUUAGCACGAUCGUUAAGGAAAAAAGCAUCUUGCGCUUCAAGAAUGUGCAUAUUCCUGCGCGAAUAAAAUGAUGCUUUUGCUUUCAAGAAUGGAAGAUAGAUCUGUUUCAUGUUUAACCCAUUACAUUCCGUGAUCCGCGUUCCAGAUGAGUAACUGAAAGAAUAUUCUGUAUUAACAACCGAAUGGCGCCUGAAAAAAAAGAGACCAAACAUGCAGAUUGACAGGACAACGAUGGACUUGCAUAAGAGAUAUUUUGCGAAAAUGAUGCACCAAGUAGCCAGCAACAGCAACGACUAUGGUCUGGGUAGCAUUGGGGAUGAUGGGCAACACCCAGCCAGUCAUUUUGAGUUGUGCAGUUCACAGUCCAACAAAUUUUACCCCACUGCUCCACCUCCCUCGCUACAACUGCCACUCCCAAACUUGCCCCCCUUGCCACAGAGCAUGAUCAAGCCCAUGUCUUGCCAGAUGCAGGACUCCCAGAAUGAAUUUCACUCCCAAAACGUUCGAAUGAGGGGUGCAGAUGCUCCAGAGGGCUCUAAGAAAAAGAAGGGCCUUGGGAAGUCCGGACGACGAGGCAGGCCCUCGGGUACCACCAAGUCUGCAGGCUACAGGACAAGUACGGGACGACCGCCCGGGACGACCAGAGCAGCGGGAUUUAAAACCAGCCCAGGAAGGCCGCUGGGCACCACCAAAGCUGCAGGCUACAAGGUGAGCCCAGGUAGGCCUCCAGGCAGCAUCAAAACACUAUCAAGGCUUAACAAACUGGACUAUGGCGCCUGCAACGGUGCACCGUUCCCUUACACCAUGAUGCAGAAGAGGGCCUUGUGCGAAUCCACUGUGAAAGAGAAAGACGCUACCGAGUGAAAACCAUUUUUUAUUUAUUGCAAGGAGGGACUAGGGAUGUGGGUGCAUGUCCAAAGUCACAGUGAAUUGUGUUUGCAAUGUCAAACUCUUGCAAGGAACAAAAAGAAAAGAAAAAAAAAAAAGAUGGAUUUUGAUACCUAAGCUUGUGUAUGUGCCAGUGUUCUCCUUUUGUGUAUCUUUUUCCAAAGACCAUUAGCAUUACCUUUCUCGCUAUGACGUAUGUUAAUCUAUUGUACAGAUGUGCAUGACGGUAGUAUUGUGAAAUAAAUACAGUAUUGAACACAUAUUAAUCUUUUUGGUCCUUAGACUUUGCUCAAGUAAACUGCGAUUGUGUUGUUUUACAUUUACCUUUUACUUAAAGCUUUUGAUGUAAAGUUACAGUCUUCAUCACACCUGGUUUGUUUCACUCUAGAUUUUAGGACAUUGCAUUUGACUUGAAAAAUCUUAUCAUCAGUAAUAAUUCUUCUGUUCCCCUGAUGUGUAUGUGAAAGUGCUCUGUUUGUAAUGUCUAACAAUAUGUUUAUCUUUUUUGUUGUUGUUGUUGUAUUUAUGAAAUGUCUGGUGCCCUUUUAAGACAGAAGAUGAUGUGGAUUUUUGAUUUAAAAAAAAGUCAAGUCAGAUUUCAGCAAUGGCAUAACCUUUCGUGCUCUUGUAAAUAUAACUGUGAGUUUAUAUCAGCCAGUGUGCUCUGUUCCAUCCAAAAUUGUUUUGCUGAUUAAUGAUCCCAUUUAAAAUACCAUGUUACUUUUGUUUUUGUUUUUUACCACUGGGCUAAAACAAGUUUUAAAGUCUCAAUUUUGUGUAAUUGAAUACACCUGAUCUGAUAAAAAAAUAAUAAACACUUAUCACUCAAAAAAUA